CGCCAGAGACGCGAGCACAGAGCGGAAGGGACUGGAGCUGAUUCUGCAGGGAGUUGAACGCCGGGCGUCUCGGAGUGUGUGUGUGUGUGUGUGUAUGUGUGUGAUCACGGUUCUGCUCGCUUUAAACGGAGCGCACCGGAGUGUCACGCGCUCGCUCGCCGGAGGAACGGGAAAGCGCCGCCGGUGCGCGUGCACACAAUUCACCGAGGGUUACCGAGUGGAAGAGCCGAGAGGAACGGAACGGAACGGAACGGAACGCAGGAAUGGUAGAUAACAGCAGCAAAACACAGAUGGAGGCCGGUUUGUCGGGUGGCCUGAAGCUGGAGGCCAUGAUGGAGCAUCUCCAGCGGCAGCAACAGGCGCGAGUGGAGAACGAGCACAAGGAGCGACGGCUUCGAGAAGCUCACAUCAUGUACGCGCAGCAGGUCGCGGCUCAACAGGCCAUACUAGCCGCCGCUAGGGCUUCUGGAGCCGGUUUCAUGAGCAGCGGACAGCUCUCUCAGCUCUCCCUCGGCUCCAAUCAGAGCAGCGUCGAGGACGAGCGCGGGCGAGACUCGGAUGACGAGGAUGAGGAUGAUGAGAUGAUGGAGGGCGAUGAAGGCAGCGAGGAAGACGAGCGCACGCCGAGUGGACUGGAGUUUCUCAGGAAUCAGACGCUCGCGCUUCAACGGGGAGCCGUACGUUUACCCGGACGCCCGAUCGCAAGCUUCCCGGACCCCAGAAGAGACCCGUCGCCCACCGUCAGGGUGAAGCAAGAACCCGAGGACGAUCUCUCGCCCGUCGAGCGCCCUUCUGCCGCGUCGCCCAGCGCACACGCGGAGUGGAGCUACGACGAGCACUUUAAAGUGAACGGCGGGGUGUCCUGGCCGGAUGAUGCGGAUGGCGCUCGUGGGAGAGGAGAAGCAUCCAGAGAUUUCGCCAAGUUAUAUGAGCUGGAUAACGACCCGAACAGGAAGGAGUUCCUCGAUGACCUUUUCACCUUCAUGCAGAAACGAGGGACUCCGGUGAACCGGAUCCCCAUCAUGGCGAAGCAGGUCCUGGAUCUGUUCAUGCUGUAUAAACUGGUGACGGAGAAGGGCGGACUGGUGGAGGUCAUCAACAAGAAGAUCUGGAGAGAGAUCACCAAGGGUCUGAACCUGCCCACCUCCAUCACCAGCGCCGCCUUCACGCUGCGCACACAGUAUAUGAAGUACCUGUAUCCGUACGAGUGUGAGCGGAAGGCGUUGAGUUCUCCCGGUGAGCUCCAGGCCGCCAUCGACAGCAACCGGCGCGAAGGCCGUCGGCCCAGUUACAGCAACAGCCUGUUCCGCUUUAGCUCUGGCUCCGCCCCCGGCUCCGCCCCCCACAUCAUGACCUCUCCCAAGAUGCAUCUGUCGGCACUCGGGGCCCUGAACGGACUUCCAGGACCGUCUCUGAAGAAGGGACUGGAGGACGGCGUCUCCUCUCUGCUGGCGGGCCGCUCUCCCUCGCUCUCUCUGGCUCUCGGGCCCCAGGCGGGUUUGAGGGCCUCCACGCUGGAUCAUCUCCGAGAGAAGCUGGAGACGGAGGCGCCGGAGAGGAAGAUGAUCCGCCUGGCUGAGGAGCAGCAGAGACUCAUGCAUCAGGCCUUCCAGCACAACCUGAUGGCCAUGGCCUCGCAGAUGCCCAUGAACCUGCGGCUCGGGGCGCCGGCCAGGGAAGAGAAGCAGGAUCUGGCCAUGAGUAUUUCCUCCACCGGAGCAGCGAGUAUCAGCGUGUCAGUGGAAGUCAACGGCAUCAUUUACUCAGGAAAUCUGUUCGCGCAGAAGUCGGCGUCUGCAUCUGCGGGUGUGUGUGUGUCUCACGCUCCUCCGGCUCGACCCUUCUCUAGCUCCGCCCCCAGCCAAAGCCCCGCCUCUUCCGCUUCCCCCAAGGGGCGGAGCUCCGCGGAACCGUCCACCAGCGGCUCCCCGUAACCCGAGCCGACCGCAAACUGUUGCACAAUCAGUACCUCAUUCUCUGCUGUCGACAUCGGCUGUCCGCGUGUUCGGAAACACACUCGCGUACAUGGACGCAUGUGCAUAAAAGAGCAUCGCUGGGCCUCAUUCAGGAAUCACAAGUUAACCGUUCAAAAACACUCGCACUGUAAGUUUAUUUAUGUGGCACAUUUCAUACACGAUGGUAAAAGUGCUUUACAUAGAAAGGAAUUAAGAUAAUCAAGAGAUAUACAUGUUUCUAAAACCUCACAAUCAAUUUAAUGUAAGAAUGGAUUAAUGUGCUUGUGUUUCACGAACGACGCCCGGCGUUUAAGAAAACGCUAAAAACAAUCAGAACGUUCAGCCAAACGACGGGCAGGUUUUACAGAACUUGAAGAUUUUUAUUUAGAGUGUGUUUCGAUCUGUCUUCUGAUUGUUUUCGUGACUUUUUAACUUUUUCUCUCAAGUUUUCCUCAUUUUACAUUCAUACCUCAAGCAUUCAGCGGUGGAACGUUACGGGAAUGUCUUUUACCUCAGGAUCUGUAGUUCAGACCUUUUCUGAAUGAGUUUUUAUUUUAGUUGUUUUUAGUAUCGAUUUGAAUUCGUCAGAAUCAGAAAUGCUGACGUGGUUUUAUGACGGGACCUCACUGACUCUCUUCUAUGCAUCCGUCUGGACCCGAGGAAAGGGAUCGCUAGGGAAGAGGAAUUCCCAGGAUCUUCUAUACGGUUCUCUCAAACGUUUGAUGACUUCGGAGCCCGUCUGUCUCUCAGAACAACAGUCGAAUACCUCAGAAACCAGCUGAAUGUCUCAGUCGAUGUGUGAACGAGCGAUCGGCACGCUGUGGGAUCUGCUCAUACGUUUAUUUCAUCUGGAUCUCAGGGCAACUUUUAAAUAUAUAUGGGUGAAUCUCAUGAAGAAAAAAAAAAUAUAUAUAUAUAUAUUAGGGCUGUCAAACGAUUA